UCUGCAUUUCCAUGCUCAUAGUUGGACAUGGAAGGUGCUAUUUUUAGUGUGACUGAGGGCACAGUUAGGAGCCUCCUGUCCAAGCUUGGCUCCCUUCUCUCCCAGGAGAGUUGGUUCGUGCGUGGUGUCCAUGGAGACAUACAAUACAUCAAGGAUGAGCUCGAGAGCAUGAAUGCAUUCCUCCGCUACCUCACUGUGUUGGAGGACCAUGACAACCAAGUGAGAAUCUGGAUGAAGCAGGUAAGGGAGAUCGCCUAUGAUGCCGAGGACUGCAUUGACCAGUUCACUCAUCAUCUUGGUGAGUCAUCAGGAAUUGGUUUCCUUUAUCGGUUGAUCUAUAUUCUUGGCAAACUAUGCUGUCGCCGUCGCAUCGCCAUGCAGCUACAAGAACUAAAGGCCCGUGCGCGGGAGGUCAGUGAAAGGCGUUCACGUUAUGGAGUUAUGCUGCCAAAGACCACACUUAAGGGAGCAGGCCCACGGCUUAGCAAGAAUGCAUCUCGUCAUCUUGAUCCACAGUUGCAUGCUCUCUUCACGGACGAGGCACAGCUGGUGGGCCUUGAUGAGCCAAGGGAUAAGCUUGUGCGUUGGGUGAUGGAUAAGGAUCCUUGCCGGCGUGUGCUUGCUAUUGUUGGUUUUGGUGGCCUUGGGAAGACCACACUGGCAAGGAUGGUGUGUGAGAGCCCAAUGGUGAAGGGCGCUGAUUUUCAGUGCUGUCCAUUGUUCAUUGUGUCACAAACAUUCAACAUCAGGACUCUGUUUCAGUACAUGAUAAGGGAACUGAUCCAGCGUCCGAACAAGGCAAUGGCUGUAGCAGGAGGCAAGCACGGUUAUACCAUGGAUGGCAACUUGGAUGGAAUGGAAAGAUGGGAAGUUCCAGCGCUGGCUGAUAAACUCAGGCAGUAUUUGCUAGAGAAAAGGUAUAUUGUUAUCUUUGACGACAUAUGGACCAUAUCAGCUUGGGAGAGUAUCAAAUGUGCAUUGCCUGACAAUAAGAAGGGUAGCAGAGUAAUAAUAACCACACGGCAUGAAGAUGUGGCCAACACGUGUUGUUCACAUCCCGAUGAUCGGAUUUACAAAAUGCAGCGUCUAUCAGAUGCUGCAUCACGAGAACUGUUCUUCAAGAGGAUAUUUGGCUCUGCAGAUAUAUCACCAAAUGAUGAAUUGGAGGAAGUCUCAAAUUCCAUUUUGAAGAAAUGUGGAGGCUUGCCUUUAGCAAUAGUGAGUAUCGGCAGCCUUGUUGCGAGCAAGACAAAUAGGACCAAGGAAGAGUGGCAGAAGAUCUGUGACAACCUGGGCUCUGAACUCGAAACCAAUCCUACCCUGGAAGUUGCAAAGCAAGUCUUAACCCUGAGCUAUAAUGAUCUACCUUACCAUCUGAAGGCCUGCUUCCUGUAUCUAAGUAUUUUCCCUGAAAAUUAUGUGAUCAGGAGGGGGCCUUUGGUGAGGAGGUGGAUAGCCGAAGGUUUUGUCAACCAAAGGCAUGGAUUAAGCAUGGAAGAGAUUGCAGAAAGUUACUUUGAUGAAUUUGUGGCCAGGAGUAUUGUGCAACCUGUGAGAAUUGAUUGGAGUGGCAAGGUGAAGACUUGCAGAGUUCAUGACAUGAUGCUAGAAGUCAUUAUCUCCAAGUCUCUUGAGGAUAACUUUGCGUCCUUGUUGGGUGAUAAUGGACACAUGUUGGUUUCACAUGACAAAAUCCGUCGACUCUCCAUCCACAACAGCCACAAUUCGUUGCAAAGAACAAGUGUUAGCGUAUCUCAUGUUCGCUCCUUCACAAUGUCAGCUUCCGUUGAGCAAGUUCCAAUGUUCUUUCCACAGAUGCGGCUGCUAAGAGUACUAGACUUGCAAGGUUCCAGCUGCUUGAACAACAAAACUCUGAACUAUAUUUGUAAAUUUUCCCAGCUUAAGUAUCUGACCCUCAGAAAGACCAAUGUGUGCAAAUUACCACGACUACUUGGCAAUCUGAAAUACCUGGAGACGUUGGACAUUAGGGCUACUCUUGUCAAGAACUUACCAGCCAGUGCUAGCAACCUCAGUUGUCUCAAGCAUUUGUUAGUCGGGCACAAGGUACAACUUACAAGGACAACCAGUGUCAAGUGCUUCAGACCGGACUCAGGCUUAGAGAUGACGACUGGGGUGGUUAAGAACAUGACGGCUCUGCAAUCACUUGCCCAUAUAGUGGUCAAGGAUCGGUCAUCAGUUCUGAGGGAGAUUGGGAAGCUGCAAAAUUUACGGAAACUUAAUGUCCUGUUUCGCGGUGUGGAAGAGAACUGGAAUGCAUUUGGCCAGUCUCUGGGAAAGUUGGCUGGAUCUCUUCGCUCGCUCUCCAUUCACAUUCUGGAUGAGAAGGAUCAUAGCUCAUCACUGGAAUAUCUAGCUAGAGUCGAGUCACCUCCUCUAUUCAUCAGAAAUUUUAGCCUGAAAGGCAAGUUGCAGAGGCUUCCUCCUUGGAUAUCGUCACUUCGAAAUGUCUCCAGGAUUACUCUUCGUGACACUGGACUCCACGCUGAGGACAUAGGAGUUCUUGGAGGCCUGCCAAAUCUGCUCUGCCUCAAGCUUUACCAAAGGUCCUACGCUGAUGACCACAUAGUUUUUGCUCAUGGUAAAUUCUUGAAGCUCAGAAUGUUGGUUAUUGAUAAUAUGGACAACAUUCGCCAUGUGCACUUUGAAAAGGGUUCAGUCCCUAAUCUUGAGUGGCUGACAAUAGCAUUCCUGCGAGAACCCAAGGAUGGGAUUACAGGUCUCAAGAAUCUGCUGAAGCUGAAGGAGAUAGAGUUCUUUGGCGACAUCAUAUUAUCUCUGGUAACUAAGGUGGCAUCCUGCAUGAAGGCGCAUCCAAACCGCCCAAGAGUGAUAGGUGACAAAUGGAACAUUGUAACGGAGUACGCUUAAAGAGCAAACCUGAACAACAAUGCUUAGAAGCCUGUUUGGUUUUGGUUGGGUAAUGCUUGUAUCUGUGUCACUGUGUGUUGUAACUAGUCUGCAUUUCUUAUUUUAAGCAAUACAGCAAGUGUAGCAUACCCAGAUGGACAUUGGGUAUUGAUAGUUUUGAGUGUGUGUUUCUUAGAAGGCAAGCUGAGUUGGCUUGUCAAGACAUCAGUACUAGUUGAAAACUUGAAAGUGAUUAAUUUAAUAAUGGGCCAAUUACUGCACGUAUGCACUUGUUUGCUUCCCAGGAACUAUGC